AUGCUUCUCCCACACGGCGGGCUCAACUGGAAAGCCGCAAAGGCCCAGAUGCCCCCGAGCAGAGUACUGCGUGCCAACCUGACACGGUCGCGCCUGUUGCUCCUUAUCGGUGUAACUGGCAUCAUAGUACUACUAUACCGCAGCAUUCGAGGAACACCCCCGGGACCGCAAGAUGUUCGCUGCUGGGGUCCGAAUAAGUCCCCCAUGGAGAUGACGCCGAACGAACAUGCCGUGUGGAAUGCUCACAUGCAGACACCCGUCAUCUUCAACCACCAUAAGCCGCUCAAGGUCGAAUCUCCCACGAUCCAGCACAUCGACCUGAACCCUAUAACCUCGAGCCAUCAGGCCCUCAUCAGGAACGAGCGGAUACUCAUCCUGACACCCCUGAAGGAUGCUGCUCCCUUCCUCGCCAACUACUUCAAGCUCAUUGCCGAGCUCACCUACCCCCAUCGCCUGAUCGACCUCGCUUUCCUGAUCUCCGACUCGAAAGACGAUACACUGGCUGUCCUGGCGUCUGAACUGGACCACCUACAAAAGCGGAAAGACGAGGUCCCGUUCAACAGCAUUACGGUCGUCGAGAAGAACUUUCAUUUCCACCUGAGCCAAAAUGCCGACCAGAGACAUGCGUUCGAGGUCCAGGCUCCUCGGCGCAAAGCCAUGGCCAAGGCCAGGAACUAUCUCCUGGCCACAGCCUUGAAGCCCGAGCACUCCUGGGUGUAUUGGCGCGAUGUGGAUAUUGAGCAGGCCCCAAGGCGGAUCAUCGAGGACUUUAUUGCACACGACAAAGAUGUCCUCGUUCCCAAUAUCUGGUUCCACCGUUUCGAGAAGGGUGUUGAUAUUGAGGGUCGAUUCGACUACAACUCUUGGAUCGAAUCGGACAAGGGUCGCAAACUCGCCGAUAGCUUGCCCAAAGAUACCGUCAUCGUCGAGGGCUACAAGGAGUUUGACACUGGACGCCAAUAUAUGGCCAAGAUGGGCAAUUGGCGUGACAACAAAGACGUCGAAGUUGAACUUGAUGGCAUUGGUGGCGUCAACAUCCUUGUCAAGGCUGACGUCCAUCGAUCUGGCAUUAACUUCCCAUGCUAUGCCUUUGAAAACCAGGCUGAGACCGAAGGCUUUGCCAAGAUGGCCAAGCGUGCUGGAUACGAUGUCAUUGGCCUCCCCAACUACAUCGUCUGGCACUAUGACACGCAGGAAAAGGGCAACAAGUAA